GGCUGCUUAAAACAAAACCCCUCCCCCCAAAAAGAAAAAAAAUCUAACAGUCUUCGUUAUUUUUAUUUCUUAGGGCUAUGAUCCAAUCUGAAUGGUCAAAUCACUGAUGGGCUACACCGGGAUCGCCCUUAUCUCUAGGUAGAUUUCACGCCUCACGAGAUGCAGCCCAAUAUUGGAGACCCUCUCGACUGGACAGUGGACGAGGUGGUAAGCUUUUUGUGCCAUAAUCCCCAGACGCCAUGGUCGCAGUCAAAUUCACGCGUUCCUCGACCAGACCCUGUCUCCUUUGAGGCUUCACUUCGGGAGAACCUCAUUAACGGGGAGGUGCUUUUGCAAGAUGUGGACAAAAAUGCAUUGCGAGAUGACCUAGGUUUGAAAGCCCUUGGUCACCGCAGCUGCAUUAUGAUGGCUAUACGGUUCCUUCAACAGCGAUCAUUGAAGUUUCAGCAUUCCAUUUCUCACUCUUCGCGCUCAGGACAGACGGCUUCUCCAAGGAUACAAUCCCCUUCUCCAAUGUCUUCCUUUGCUCAGGAUGCACUACCCAAUAGUUCUAAGACAAUAACGCCAGCAGCUACUCCAGCAACCCCGCCAUUUGGUAAAACCUCUGGUGUCGGGGUCCCUGCUAGCACCCCUGGUUUAAAUGCCAGUGUUGUGGAGAAUAUCAAUGGGGAACCAAGCGUGCUUCAAGGAGACUUGCCCACCUUGCACCAGAGGGAGCUCUCUCAAAACGCAGUUCCUUCGCCCAUCCGCCCCAAGGAACACGUUAUCGUCGAUGCAAAUGGCAGGAAAAGGCGAAGACUGAAUCUCAAUACUCCUGUGGAGACCCAGGGUCAAGACUUGAUACCGGCGCCACCCAAUGAUAGAUUCCAAGCCCAAGACUGGUAUAUGGGGCCAGAAGCACUUACUCUGUCUCAACUAUCUUGUUUUCCUGACGUUGCCGGAGAUAAUGAAUCUUUUACACUACUCUCCCCUAAAAUUCCAAAUGCCCAGCGUUCUUUUGUGAAUAAAUUCAUGAGCCAUUUCUGGAGACAAUCACCUAUUAAGCUUCCUUCAAGGGAAGGAAGUUCGCAAUGGGCUGUGUUUCCCUACAAAUCAUCCUUGGUAAACCCAAACGAUUCCAACUGUUUUACUUUGUCUACCACCAAGGACGGGAUAAAAAAAGGGAGCAGAGAAAAGCUUAAUGAGUGGCCACAAUUAAAGAACCUGCGAAGUUUUGAUGACAAAAGUCACUCACCGAACGAACCUCUCAACCCAUCUGAUCCCUUUUCGUACCUGCUUCAAAAGUAUCCAGUUCAAGAAGACCUUGAAGACGUUCAUCCACUGUAUGGAGACUCUGGGUCCGAAGGCGAAUUUGAUGAAGAAACCUGGCGGGAGAUAGAGGAUGAGCGUACUGGACUACAGCUUACGAAACACUCCAAGCUCAGACCCAUGGAAAUUGAUUCCAUCAUGCAGGACUGUAUCUCAGAAUAUGAGCAUAAGUGGCAGCAAAUCAGUCAACCUAGGGAGGAAUACAAAGCACAAAAGCUUUGGAUUACUGCUAGAAACGCUAAUCGUACGAAUCAAGAACUCAAAGCUGUCACAAAGGACAUUGGACUUCUAGAGACUCGGUUACGGAAACUACAGGAGGCAAUCCGUAAAAGUGAAUUUCUCACAGGCGCAGAAUUGCGCACCCAGUGCCAAAGCCUCGAGUACACAGUCUGCAACAUUCAGAAGCAAAAGUGGCGUGCAUCAGUGUUAGAACAGGAAAGUUGUCCUCCAAAAGUUCCCGCCCCCCCAAGGCCUUCAUAUUAUAGAGAACAGCCAAAGAAAGAAGAGGACUCGCUCGAGUCCGAGUCCGACAUUGUCUCUAAUAGCUCUCUGGGAGACUUCAUUGAUGACACACAAAUACCUCAUACUCUUUUGUCACAAAGUCCUUCGGAGAACCCUUCUUCGUCAGAUGGUGACGAUGACGUGAUCAGUGUCUCUGGUAUCAGACGAAUAGCAAGGCCACUUAGGAAGGGAAGAUUUCUUGCAGCCAGAUCUUCCUCUUCUUCUCCUGUUCGUGAAUUGUCAAGCGUAAUCGAUCUUACGAUGGAAUCGCCAGAGCCAGAUGAGCUAACAAUAGAGACACCACCCCUUAACCCAGUACAACUGAGUACUCCUCACAGCUCUAGCCGCAUUAUAUCAAAGAGAAGCCGUUCCAUUUCCCCCGCGCCUAGCCUUGGGCCGUCAGCAAACGAGGUUCUUGUAGAGAGCCAGAUUAGAUCAACAUCUGUCUUGCCAGAUAUUGAUGAUACAGAUGGUAUCUUAUCGCUCGAAUGGGAUUUGCUUGAAAAAUACCAGGAUCGCACUAUAUUAUUGGCAAAAUUAAUUGCAAGUCUUCCUGAUAAAGAGAGGCGAAGUCUUAGGAAAAGCAUCUGUGGAACUCCCAUGGCGGAUUUACGCAGGCAAACGAAGCGGGCGCUAGACGCUUUGCUCAACGGAGAGGACAAUAUUCCAGAAUUUGGUCAUGAUGCGAGCCAGCUGGCCAUGCGAACAGCCUCCCUCUAUAUCUCCUGGGUGAAUUGUGUCCGUCUUGGACAAGGGGGGAUUAAGAAGAGGUACGUCGAAAAAACUCGGAAAGAAAAGCGCUUCAAGCAGUUCUAUGCAGAGUUACGCAAACGACUAGAGCAUUCCAAAACCCCACAAUCAGAGACCGUGUCUAAAGGCUCACUACACGAUUCGGGUCCUGAAAACACACCCCAUAAAAAACGAAAAAGGGAGGUUAAGGAGAACCAGGCUGUGAAAAUGACACAGGAGGGUGCACAGCGUCGAGUUGCACUCCAAGAUGAGCAAAGAAGGAAACUUGAGAAGAAACUGGAAAGCAUGGGCGUGAGGAAUGAUAACCCCAAUCACCAACCAGUCAGCUUCAAAGAUCCUGUCAUCUACUUGGAUUCCCAUAUUGGCCUGCGAGUGAAACCUCACCAGCUAAAUGGGAUCCAAUUUAUGUGGCGAGAGUUGGUAGAGGACAAGAGCCAACAGGGGUGCCUCUUAGCACACACUAUGGGAUUGGGGAAAACAAUGCAGGUUAUAUCUUUCCUUAGUACAAUAGCGGCUGCUGCCGCUUCUGAUGACCCUAAAGUUAAACAGCAAGUUCCGGAAACUUUCCGUCGGCCUCAAACCCUUAUCCUUUGCCCAUCAUCGUUGAUUGAGAACUGGAACGAUGAAUUUCUCAUGUGGGCUCCGACAAACUCAGGACUUGGGCGUGUGAGGCGAAUUUGUGCUAAUAAUCCUCUAACCUCCAGGCUGGAUCAGGUGUCCAGUUGGUACAAAGAGGGUGGAGUUCUUCUUAUUAGCUAUGACAUAUUUCGAGCUUGGAUCUUCAACAAGGAAACGUCUAGGAGGCCAAAACCGCUUUCUGAGACUGAGCACAAGAAUGUCCAAAAGUGGUUACUGGAAGGCCCUAGUAUCAUUAUUGCUGACGAGGCCCACAAGAUGAAGAACCCAUCGUCAGCAGUUACUGGCGCAGCAAUGCAAUUUCGCUCAAAGAGCCGUGUUGCAUUAACUGGUUCUCCUCUGGCCAAUAAUCUUACUGAGUAUUACACCAUGGUCAAUUGGAUUGCACAGGGCUAUCUAGGAACUCCCACUGAGUUCAAGGCGCAUUAUAUAGAGCCUAUUGAGGAAGGCCUCUAUGCUGACAGUACCUAUGGUGAAAGGAGAAAAUCUCUUAUGAGGCUCCAGAUUCUCAAGGAAAUCCUCGAACCGAAAAUUAAUCGCGCCGAUAUCAGCGUCUUAGAGGGGAGUUUGCCACCUAAAGUCGAGUUUGUCAUUACUGUACCCUUGUCCAAAUUACAGAAAGCUGCAUAUAACUCCUACGUGCAGUUUGUUCUACAGGGAAGAGAAGAUGAAGUUGGAAAUGCCAGAAUCUUGUCGUGGUUGGCUAUUCUUGGGCUCUGCUGUAACCAUCCAUCGUGUUUCAGGGAGAAAUUACGCAGCCGUGUCGGCAAGCCCACAAGGAAGCUGGAUGAUAGUGACCCAGCUCCGGGGGACGAACCAAUCACCCAAGCCGGUCUGCCGGAUAUAUCCAGACUUCUAUCUGAGCAAGAGCUAAUUUAUCGUGAUAUUCACGACAUGAUGGCCGUGGAACUUUCACCUCGGGCUGAAAUCCUGAACAUGAUAAUCGAUGAGUCCAUAAAAGCCGGUGAUAAGGUACUGGUUUUCUCUCAGAGUUUGCCGACCCUCGAUUACAUCGAACAUCUCUUGAUAGCUUCCAACCGUGGGUAUUCUCGCCUAGAUGGACACACUCCAAUCUCUACGCGACAACAGGCAACCAAAAAUUUCAAUUCCGGAGAUGAAGAGCAAGUUUAUCUGAUCUCAACCCAAGCCGGAGGGUUGGGGCUGAAUAUCCCGGGUGCCAAUCGGGUUAUCAUUUUCGAUUUUUCCUUUAACCCGGUCUGGGAAGAACAGGCCGUCGGACGUGCGUACCGUCUCGGGCAACAGAAGCCGGUAUUCGUAUACCGCUUCGUCGCUGGCGGGACAUUCGAGGAGAUCAUUCACCAAAAGGCAGUCUUCAAGACCCAGCUUGCAGUCCGCGUUGUCGACAAGAAAAAUCCCAUUCGGUUCGCUUCCAAAAAGCUGGGCGAUUAUCUUUUCCCCGCAAAGCCCGUGAAGCAGGAAGAUGUCUCCAGCUUCAUGGAGAAAGAUCCGUUUGUCCUGGAUAAAAUCCUCCUUGUUGAUGCGAAUAGAGAAGAAAGACUGAUUCGCAGAAUCACCCUCACCCAGACCUUCCAUAAGGAUGACAACGACAAGCUUACCGAGGAGGAGAAGAGAGAUGUCCAGAAAGAACUCGACGACGAGCGCCUCAAACGCACAGACCCAGUAGCCUACACUGCAAAACUGAGGGAAAGACAGAAACAAGAACAAGUUUAUACGCCGACGCCCCAGUUCUCGACCCAAACUUUCCAGCAAAUGCAUCAUCCAGCAUUCCCACCCAGCGCGCAGAAUACCGGUCCACGCGCUUUCGCACCCGAUACUAGUAUCUUGCAAGUCGCAGUCCCUGGCCACAGCCCGGUGAUCCCUAGUCCCCCCUUGGCUGCUGUACCGAGGCCUCAGUUCCAUGCGUCACCGGUCUCUAAACACGCUCAGCCACAGCAACUGCCCGAUCCACAGGCUCCCGCAACCCAACCUAUUCAACAGCUUGCCAAUAAUACCCCGGUCUCCACCACCAAAGACACCACCCCGCGUACCCCGGCUCCGCAGAAGCACACCCCCUCGAAGCCAACACAGGGGGAACCUGGCGGCGGCUGCAAAUCUCAGUGAUUUCAGGCGCCAGUGACAAAUAGCGAUGAUUGCCCCCUUCUGUUCGUUCUUCGUUUUAUCGGUGCAAAGGCAUUCUAAGGAUAUUAUUCAACUUGGUGCUGGACACCUGAUUGGAGUUUAGAUCCUUUUCCAUUGGCCUCUCUUUGAUUGUUGCGGAAAAUUCCCCGGUUAUUAACUAUCGCUAUCCUUUCCUUGGUGAGCUUGGGGUUCUGGAAGCAUGCUGGAUUUUGAUGUAUUCACGAAGAGGAGACGGCGACGAUCAUGAUACACUACUGUAAUGUCUAGAGUAAAUAUCCAUGGUUUGUUCAAGUUUUAUGAAACUUAUUGUCCAAUUAAACGUUC